AUGACGCUUACACGAAUCAUCAAUGUUUCAGCAGUGCAGAACCGACUACCGACGACACAGCCUCCAUGCUUCGACAACGGCCCAAUGAGCAGCGGGCCGGAUAUAAUUGCUGCUGGCAGCGCAGAGCAGUCGGCCGACGGCAGCAUUCCGUCUUUGGAUGCCCUCACCAUGCUCGUGCCGCUGCAAUGGCAUCCUGCGAAAGGAAACUCCAGACGAGGAGUCCAGGGCAUGAGUCCAGGGCCUCAUCAGCAUCUCCCUGACAUCCCGGCACUUGGAUAUUGGCAGUGGAGCUCGGCUCAAAAUCCUGCCGUCUCUCUCCCGUCUCCCGCCGUUGGCCUCCCGAGAUUCCCUAGAUCAGAUCUGCGCGGGAGAGGCUGGGAACAACAGCCUGUGGGAGUCACUGAUAAACAGGCGAGAAGUGGAGAAUCAGCAUCUGGAUGGUCUGGCAGUUGGGCGGACUCGCUUCUUUCGAUGCCGGCGUGCCGGACGAGGCCAGGCAAGGGGGUGGCAGAUGGAGCCAAUAUUCAAUAUUCCAGGCUGGCACUGCCCGCUCCAACGCCUGUGCCGCGCCCUACGGAUCGCGACUUGGCCGCUGGCACUUGGCGGCUGGACCUGGUGUGCACUCCACCACCACCUGCACCAUGUCCGCCGCAACGCAUGGCGCAUAUCCCGCCGCCCGAUUGCCUACGCCGUAACCCAAACCUCCCAACAAGGCUUCACUCGCAGGGCUCCAGGGCUCCCAGGCUUCUAGCCCUCUCCCUCGUCUGA